AUGCCCAGCCCAGAUCGACAGCCACAAAUCGAUGGCUUUGGGCUAACCUUUCCGUUUCCCUUACGAGUAGCGACCCUGUUGGUUGCUGGAUUUUGGGGAUGGGCGAUUAACCUGCAUUUGUUGUCCAAAACGGAGAUUGAUGUCGCUGCACUGAUUCGAUACCCCUCCUCCGCCCCUCAACGACCACACUAUGCCUCCGCAUACCGAUUAGCCUCUCUCUUGACACUACCACUCGCAAUCUGGACAGUUCUCUUUUGGAUCGUCACCCACUGUCAAUACGAGCUGGUCGCGCGCUUUGAUUACAUUCCGCUCUCCGUCUUCACCCCUCUCCUCCUCAUCCUCAUCUGGCCUUUCAAUCGAGCGUCUCGCGCAGGUCGCGUACGACUCCUGCUGACCUUGAAGCGCGUCAUCAUUGGAGGCCUCGCUGACGCGCAAGAUGGCAAGUUCGGGGACGUCUUGCUAGCGGAUGCUCUGACCAGCUAUGCGCGAGUGCUGGCCGAUCUGUACAUCAGUUUCUGCAUGUUCUUCAGCGAUUUCUUGUUCGCGACCUCCAAGCCGGACCGAAGCUGUGGCAAGACCUUCAUUACACCUCUUCUCAUUGCGAUUCCGAGCCUUAUUCGGUUGCGCCAAUGUUUGACCGAGUACUUGCGCUCCCGCCGAGCCACGUCACGCCGUGAACAGAGCAAGGGAAGCCAGCAUCUGGCCAACGCUCUGAAAUAUUCCACCGCGUUCCCCGUGAUCUACCUGAAUGCGAAGCUGCGCAAUUACAACCCGUUCUAUUUCCACGGAUUCAGCGAAGUGACCAUCAUUCGAUUCUUAUUUAUCUUUUCGUGCAUAAAUUCAGGCUACUCUUUCUGGUGGGACGUGGUGAAAGAUUGGGACUUUACCCUCUUCUCUUCCAAACGAUUGGACCGCGAGCAUCCGUACGGGCUACGACGACAUCGCAUCUUUUCAUCUGAUCGCAUCUAUCACGGGGUGAUUAUCGCUGAUCUAUUGCUUCGCUUCUCUUGGCUUUGGCGUGUGCUACCGGGGCUCUCAUGGCUUGCCGAGACCGAAUCCGGCCUCUUCUUGCUUAUGUUCCUUGAAAUUGCACGCCGGUGGAUGUGGGUUUUCUUCCGCGUGGAAGCUGAGUGGAUUCGCACCACCCAAGGCUCCGCUCUGGAUGAUAUUUUACUCGGCGACCUCAACCACAAGUUCGAUGCCGACUAG